AUGCCGUGUUGGCUCGGUCCUGGUGCCCGCUCUCAAGUUCGCCAGGCUUUUCACGGUGGGUGUCACGGCUGCGAGCCCAGGGCGCUUGCACCCGGUCCAGCCGAACCCCUUCGGGAAAGGGCAGCGCGUCCCGACCGAGGCGGACUGCCGAAACGGAAGCUGGGCACGGGGCAGCGCUCUGCGCGGCCUCUCGGCGGUCUGUGGCCUCCGCAGAGCGACGACUCGGACGUGUGGGACGACACGGCCCUCAUCAAGGCGUACGACAAGGCGGUGGCCUCCUUCAAGAACGCUUUAAAGAAUGGAGAGUGUUCAGAGCCUUCGGACAAACAGGAGCAGCGCCUGGGGAUGAAGAGAAAAAACAAUAAAAAGAACAGAAAUAGAAAGAAGAGCAACACAGUGCCUUUGAAACAGUGGAAGGUUGGUGACAGCUGUAACGCUGUUUGGUCUGAGGAUGGUAAUGUGUACCUAGCAACUAUUGCCUCCAUCAAUCAGAAGAAAGGCACAUGUGUUGUUACUUACACGGGAUAUGGAAAUCAGGAGGAGCAGAACCUGUCUGAUCUAUUUCCUCCAGCCAGCGAUGAAACAAAUGAAAAUGAGACUCCAUAUUCAACAGAUGAAAGUGAAAAAUCUUCCCAGUCACCUCAAAACAAAAACAACUGCACAAAAGCAAGAUUCUCCCCUCAAAACUUACGUUUUCCCACACCACCAGCAGCCCCAGGCCUGGGAAGGCCUGGAUCAAAAUUCAGGGCACCUCCAUCAUUUUUAUCUUGCUGGCCUCCACCCUUCCUAGCCGGACCACCGUUGAUUCCUCCUCCACCACCUAUGAGGCCAGACUCUCCUGAGGAUGAUGAAGCAUUGGGGAGCAUGUUAAUAGCCUGGUACAUGAGUGGUUAUCACACUGGGUAUUACCUGGGUUUAAAACAAAGUCGAAUGGAAGCAGCACUGGAGAGAGAAACACAUGCAAAAUAACUGAAUAUCCAUGACUGUUUUGAAGGAUUCCAGGUACAAAUCUUUCCCACUGAGAGGUGUAUAUCACUUAUGCACUGAUGGUUGAUGGUGAAGAUGAGAAUUUUAUCAAGACAGUUAAUAUUAACAUUUUCUUAACAUUGAGCUGUCCCUGAUAACAAGUAAACAAAUAACUUAAGACUAGUAAUUAUAUGUGCAUUGAAAUGAGCUAUUUCUUAAAGACCUCUAGUCAAAUGUAUUUAGAAAGCACUGUGGCAAUAAAAUAUUUUUUACUUCCCUGAAACAACUUUAAGUCUUUUUAGCACAUGAUAGAUUUAAGUCUUUUAACCCCACAUGAUAGAUUUCAUCUCUCAUUUUAACACCUCUUGUAUUCCUCAGACUUUUUAUCUGAAUGACAACACCAGAACUAGCGAUUACAGUUAUUCUUUUAGGAGACAGCUAUGGCAGCAAUGUAUGUUACAGUGGCCACUGGUGGCAAUGGCCUGGAAAACGGUAUACUAUCAUUUUAAAAGAGGUAUCUUAUGGGUCUGAUUAGAAUCCUGAAUAUGACAGCUGGAUUCGGAAAGGCUCGGUUUUUGUUUCAAAUGCUUGUUAAUAAAGUUCUACUUUUCAAACUUUG